UCGGAGCUCGCUUACACAGACUGGUUACGUGUGUUUUUUCUCUGACUGGGUCAGUCAGUCACUCACUCACACAGACGAGCGGCUCCCGAGGUUUGCAGUUGGAAGUUUAUUGCAAAAAGAAAAUAUCCCCGGGGUUCCUGGUUAAUUUUCGCCGUCGGGACUUCUCUUUUGGUACCCCGAAUCCAUCUGGUACUCGUUUCUCUGCUUGACUCGCAGGAUUUAUGUGAAUCUGUGACUAAAGCAACAGCUUGCUGGAGAGAAAAAACAAAUCGGCGAACAGCGGGGGGAAAAAAGUACAAGCCGCCCCACGCAGCCUCUCCGCCCGAAGCUCCAGUGAGGGAGAGGGGCGAGAGUGGGGCGUGGGUAAGCCAAGGGUCCGGGAUAAAGAGGAGGGAGGGCGCUUCCCGCGGGACUGUUGAAGGGAGGCUACUGAGCCGGGUAUCGGCGGAGGGCGAUGGCGCUCCAGGCUCGGGCUCUGUACGAUUUCCAGAGCGAGAAUGUGGGCGAGAUCUCCGUGCGGGAGGAUGAGGUGCUGACCGUCUACAGCGAGCACGACAUCGAGGGCUGGCUGGAAGGAGCCAACAGCCGCGGCGAGCGGGGCCUCUUCCCGGCCUCGUACGUGCAGAUCCUGCGGGGUGGCGGCGACGCCGAGCCUCCCGCCUCCCGUUACGCCAACGUGCCCGGCGGCGGCGGCUAUGACCCUCCGGCAGUAAUGGUGGUGCCGCCCCAGGCCCAGCCCCCCAGCAGUUUCCAGCUGCCCGCCUGCCCGGUCGUCAGCACCUUCUGCCCGUCACCGCUGGUGCAACCGGGGGUCGGGGCCGGCGGCCUCGGGGGGCUUCAGCACCAGCCGUCGGGCAGCGGGGACGAUGACGAUUGGGACGAUGACUGGGACGAUAACUCGACGGUGGCGGAUGAGCCGCUGUCGGCGGUCGGGAUGGGGGGCGGCGGCGGAGGAGGCGGUGGCGGCUACUCUGAUUUCGAUGGGACCGGCCGCUAUAAAGUGAGCGUGGGGUCGGGUGGCCGGGCCGCCUCGGGCUCCGUCUCGUCGACUGCCUCCUCCAAGAGUACGGCCACAGUCGGCAGGAACCUCAACCGCUUUUCCACCUUCGUCAAGUCGGGCGGCGAGGCGUUCAUCCUGGGGGAGGCGGCUGGCUUCGUCAAGGACGGCGACAAGAUCUGCGUGGUGCUGGGCUCGCACGGCCCCGAGUGGCAGGAGAACCCCUACCCGUUCUCCUGCUCCAUCGACGAGCCUACCAAGCAGACCAAGUUCAAGGGCAUCAAGAGCUACAUCUCUUACCGUCUGGUACCCAGCCACACCCAGAGCCAGGUUAACCGUCGCUACAAGCACUUCGACUGGCUGUACGGGCGCUUGGUGGAGAAGUUCCCCGUCAUCUCGGUGCCUCACAUCCCUGAGAAGCAAGCCACGGGCCGCUUCGAGGAAGACUUCAUCUCCAAGCGCAAGAAGGGAUUGAUCCUGUGGAUGAACCACAUGACGAGCCACCCGGUGCUCGCACGCUGCGACGUCUUCCAGCACUUCCUCACCUGUAAAGACGAGAAAGCUUGGAAGCAGGGCAAGCGCAAAGCCGAAAAGGAUGACAUGGUGGGCGCCAACUUCUUCCUGACUCUCAGCACCCCGCCCACCCCUCUGGACCUGCAGGAGGUGGAGAGCAGGGUGGAUGGUUUCAAAGCGUUCACCAAGAGAAUGGACGAGAGCGUGUUCCAGCUCAGUCACACUGCCAACGAAUUUGCCAGGAAGCAGGUAGUGGGCUUCAAAAAAGAAUACCAGAAGGUCGGCACCUCUUUCCGAUUACUCAGCCAGGCUUUCGAGAUGGACCAGCAGUCCUUCUCGAUUGGACUCAAUCGUGCCAUCGCAUUUACAGGAGACGUGUACGAUGCUAUUGGAGAGCUUUUUGCAGAGCAGCCUAAACAAGAUAUCGACCCCAUUGUGGACUUAUUAACGCUUUACCAGGGACAUCUGACCAACUUUCCUGAUAUUAUCCACGUACAGAAAGGUGCUCUUACCAAAGUAAAGGAGAGUAACCGACAUGUGGAAGAAGGGAAGAUGGAGCUACAUCAGGCAGAUGGGGUCCGUGAACGUUGUGACACUAUUUCCUUCGCCACAUUAGCCGAAAUUCACCAUUUUCACACUAUUCGUGUAUCAGACUUCAAGACACAAAUGCAGCAGUUUCUUAAGCAGCAGAUUCUUUUUUACCAGAAGGUGACUCAAAAAUUGGAGGAGGCCUUGCAGAAGUAUGAUGAUGUUUAACUUCUGAAGAUCUGAUCUUUUCUUUUGUGGCCUUUCACACUGAACUAAUGCAGGUGACCUUCAGAUGGUCAAAUUAUUCUUGGAUUAGCCUUGAUGUUUAUUACAUUGAGCUUCCAGGUUGGGUGAUCGAGCAUCAAAAUUUGUUGAGCAGUCUUUUGUAUAAACAAAACACACGAAGUUUGCGACAUAAAUUACUCCAAAUUGUGUCAGGAAAGGGACUGGGAAGAAGACUAUUUAAAUGUAAUGUACUAUAUGCUAACACUACCAUACUAACUUCAUUCUGCAAUAUGCAGUAUGUGUAUACUAUCUAAAUUUUUGCUUUAUUUAACAAGGUUAUCCUGGGGACAUUAUUAGACUCAAAAUCCUGUGUCAUCUUAAAGUAAUAGGCAGGUGGAUGGAUGCAUCAAAUGUAUAUUCUCCACACGUCUUGCUCUGAAUGCUGAGGAAGCCAAUAGACUUUAGUUUGUUCUGUAACAAAUGAAACGCAAGGGUUAAAACAUGUUUAUGGAUUCCAGCCACAGCAGCUAUGUUACUCACGUGCCUUCUGAGUCACUUGUCUUCAUAGUUUUAUUAAAUGCGUCUGUUAAAGGCAGAGGAUAUCAUGAGUUUCCUCUACUUAAAUUGCACCAGGGAGUGAUUUUUGAGCUCUGACACAUCAGGGAAGGAAGACUAUAUAGCUCUCUGGGUUGGUGGCAAUCACAGUAAAUAUGAAUGAAAUUACACUCAGGAAAUCAGGGGAU